AUGGAGAAAAAAGAAGAUGAAAAUGCAAAUAAGAUAACUUUUAGGAGCAUCCCAGCAUUUAGAGGAUUAUUUAUUGACCAAUGUUUGGCACAAGCUACUGAGCAUGGGUUUUAUGGAACUUCUUUGAAGCAAACUUCGUGGGGAAAUUUGUGCAAAUACUUUUCUGAGAAGUAUGACUGCACUAUCACCCAAAAGAAAUUGAGAAACCACUGGGAUUACUUGCGCACCCAAUAUGUCACUUGGUCCCGUCUCUUAGCAAGAACCGGGCAUGGGUACAACGCGGAGACGAACACUUUUGAUUGGAGCGAAGAGCAGUGGAUUGAAUUAGACAAGACAAUCAAAAACGCCAGUCAAUUCAAGAACAAGGGACUGGAAGAUGCAGAGAAGUUGCAGAAUUUAUUCGAUGGGAAGUUCUCUACUGGAGUUAAUAGGGAUACGCCUGGAAGAACGGAACCACCUUGUUCAGCUGGAACUUCUACAACUAAUGGAUCUGAAUCUCGUACAACUCAUGGAAAAGAACAAAAUCAUGAGGAUGACAACGAGGUUGAUUCUAGUCUCAAUGCAAAGGGGAGUGGCAGGAAAAGGAAGAAGGAAAUGGAGGAAGCAUCAAGUGAUCUAUUAACUGAGAAAGUUUGUUCUAUUGUAACAUCGAUGGAGACUCAUCUUCAACAUAAGAAACUUGCUCUAGAAAAGGAUAACGCGGCCGAAUUCAUGAAAGCUUUGGAUAAUUUACUUGAGACUGAUUGUAUCACAAUGGAUGAGUAUUUGAGCAUAAGUUUAAAAGCUUCAGAGAUGCCUGGUUGGCAGAAAUUGUUUGUCAGUUUGAAAAGCAAUGAGCUUCGUGUUGCCUUUGUACACAAGCUUUUAAAAGAACGUUGA